CUGUCUUUCCAGUCGCUGGGAUCAGCAGCAGCAGCAUGUCCGGCUCUCCGUCCUGGAUCCUGAGCGCCUUCUGGCUCAGCUGCCUGCUCGGCUCGGCCGCCUGCAGACGCGGCAGAGGUCAUGGCGGCCAUCACAGCCCCAUCAUCUUUAACGAUUUCUGCGCCAUGAAAGACGAGUCGGGGCCGUGCAAGGCCAUCAAGGAGCGCUUCUUCUUCGACGUCAACACCGGGAGCUGCGAGCGCUUCGAAUAUGGCGGCUGCAGCGGAAACGCCAACAACUUCGAGACGAUGGAGGAAUGUGAGGAGGCCUGCGUCUUCUCAGACGAUAAGAACCCGUGUCACCUGCCGGAGGCCCCGGGCCCCUGCCGAGGUUUGGUGCGGCGCUUCUUCUUCGACAGCCAGACUCAGCAGUGCAGACAUUUCUACUACGGCGGCUGCUUCGGCAACGCCAACAACUUCAGGAGCAUGGCCGACUGCCAGGCGAGGUGCCUCAACCCAGACGAACCUGCGGCUGCGACAGACGUCCAUGUGAGGAAACCCGCCGUGACCCGUCCAACCAUCGCACCAGACUCGGGCGCCUCAGAGAUCUGCUUCGGCCCCGUCGACCGCGGCGGCUGCAGCGGCGCCGCCGUCAAGCGUUUCGCCUUCAACCCGGGAACCAAGCGCUGCCAGGCCUUCUCCUACAGCGGCUGCGGCGGGAACCACAACAACUUCCUGAGCCGCAAACUUUGCUACCACCGAUGCGUCAAAGGCCACAAGGGCUCCAGGAAGGGGAUGAUCCGGAUACGCAAGAAAAACAUCGACAGCAUCGUGAACCGCGGGGACUGAAGGCCGCGCCCUGCGGGACGCCGCUCCUCCUCCCACACAUGUAUCAUAGCUCCUUCUCUGUCUCUUCAGGAAAUCUGGUUAUUUUUGAUUCAUUAUGACGACAAUUCUGUGCAAAAGUCUUAGAGCAGGAAACGACAAGAGGCGGUUUGAAACUUUAGCACAGAAGCAACAUGGGAACAUGAACCUCCUUCUGAUCUGAUGCGACUUUAUUUCUUUUCUUUUUUUUUAAUUUCUAAACUUUUCAGUAUCGGCUCUAAAAUGACAAAGUCAGAAAAGUUUCUGACUCGGUUAAAUAAAGACCCAGGAUGGAAACAGCAAAGACUCAUGGGAAAUAUUUAAAUCCUGCUCAUUCCACUGUUUCUAUAGAAACUACAGUAACAAAGAGAUUUGAAAGGUUUUA